AUGGCCUCCCUCGCGCCUUACAAAGCCGAUUUUCUCCGCGCCGCCGUCAAAGGCGGCGUUCUGAAAUUCGGCAGCUUCGAGCUUAAGUCGAAGCGCAUCUCGCCCUACUUCUUCAACGCGGGCGACUUCUACCGGGCCGACCUGCUCGAGUCGAUCGCGACCGCCUACGCCAAGACCAUCAUUGCAGCCCACAGCUCGGGCGCCCUAGAAUUCGACGUCGUCUUCGGCCCCGCCUACAAGGGCAUCCCGCUCGCGACGGCAACAACCAUCAAGCUGGGCCAGCUGGACGCGGCGACGUACGGCAGCAUGUGUUACUCGUUCGACCGCAAGGAGGCCAAGGACCACGGCGAGGGCGGCAACAUUGUCGGUGCUCCGCUCAAGGGGAAGCGGGUGCUCAUUGUGGACGACGUGAUUACGGCUGGCACGGCCAAGCGGGAGGCGAUUGCCAAGAUUGAAAAGGAGGGUGGUGUGGUGGCCGGCAUUGUUGUUGCUCUUGAUCGCAUGGAGAAGCUGCCUUCGCCGGAUGGGGAUGAUAGCAAGCCGAUGCCGAGCGCCAUCGGGGAGUUGAGGAAGGAGUAUGGUCUGCCCAUCUUCGCUAUCCUCACGUUGGACGACAUCAUUGAGGGUGUGAAAGGGCUCGCCUCGGAGGAGGAUAUCAGGAAGACGGAAGAGUAUCGAGCCAAGUACAAGGCGAGUGAUUGA